UCUCACUUCCCUACGAUGUUUUGAACUGCCUUCCUACAGACGUCAUACAGCCCUUGAGGAAUAGUUUCUGCCUGGUGAGACUGAAUGAUAGUUCUCAUUCACAAAGGCUUGGAGUCAGAUUCUAAGCAGGGGACACAACGGAAAUUACGUUCACAGGUACAGCAGCGAGCCCAGCUCAACUGUGGAGAGCUUUGUACCCUCCAUGACUUAUUGGCUCCCCCCGGAGAGGAGUGUUUUCCUGUGGUCGCCCUGAAAUGGAACUUCACUGACAGCUCUGUGGUGUUACUGUACCUCGCGGUCAUUUUCGUUUCCUUUCUCUCUACCUGAGCACUUUUAGAGUGUCAGAAAGCUUUAAACCUUUUAUUGCGGAAUUGUAAAAAGGAUGCGAUCAAGGGGCUCUUUCACUGUGUUGGUUACCCUUGUGACCAGAUGAAGAAUAGAUUCAAAAUCCAGUUCCUCCCUUGGCAAUGCAAAACAGAAAACAAACUGUCACUUAAGAACAGCCCGGUGCUGGCGUAAAUUCAGUAUGAAAGAGGAAAGAGCUCCUAUGUCUUAGAAGCCUCCCUCUGUUCUGGACUGGGGGCAGGAGUUGGACUCCGGGAAAUUUGGAUUUCUUCAAACAACCUCCUUUGGAAAUGGAGUAUACUUCAAGCCAUCUUUGUCAAAACACAGCUGAAAUGUAUUAAUCAGAAUACUUGAAGAUUUUUUCUUUCUUUUUUUUUCCUCCAAAAUGAGCAUUAUUAUGAAGCCAAGAUCCCGGUCUACAAGUUCCCUGAGGACUUCGGAGGGAGUGUGCUUCGAUGUGGACAAUGGCACAUCUUCUGGACGGAGUCCCUUGGAUCCCAUGACCAGCCCGGGAUCUGGGCUAAUUCUCCAAGCAAACUUUGUCCACAGUCAACGCCGGGAGUCCUUUCUGUAUCGAUCCGACAGCGAUUAUGACCUCUCACCAAAGUCUAUGUCCCGGAACUCCUCCAUUGCCAGUGACAUACAUGGAGAUGACCUGAUUGUGACUCCCUUUGCACAGGUCUUGGCCAGCCUGCGAACUGUACGGAACAACUUUGCUGCAUUGACUAAUUUGCAAGACCGAGCACCCAGCAAAAGAUCACCCAUGUGCAACCAACCAUCCAUCAACAAAGCCACCCUAACAGAGGAGGCCUACCAGAAACUGGCCAGCGAGACCCUGGAGGAGCUGGACUGGUGUCUGGACCAGCUAGAGACCCUGCAGACCAGGCACUCCGUCAGUGAGAUGGCCUCCAACAAGUUUAAAAGGAUGCUUAAUCGAGAGCUCACCCAUCUCUCUGAAAUGAGUCGGUCUGGAAAUCAAGUGUCAGAGUAUAUAUCAAACACAUUCUUAGAUAAGCAACAUGAAGUGGAAAUUCCUUCUCCAACUCAGAAGGAAAAGGAGAAAAAGAAAAGGCCAAUGUCUCAGAUCAGUGGGGUCAAGAAAUUGAUGCACAGCUCCAGUUUGACUAAUUCAAGCAUCCCAAGGUUUGGGGUCAAAACUGAACAAGAAGACAUCCUUGCCAAGGAACUAGAAGAUGUGAACAAAUGGGGUCUUCACGUUUUCAGAAUAGCAGAGUUGUCUGGGAACCGGCCAUUGACUGUUAUCAUGCACACCAUUUUUCAGGAACGGGAUUUAUUAAAAACAUUUAAAAUUCCAGUGGACACUUUAAUUACAUACCUAAUGACCCUGGAAGAUCAUUACCAUGCUGAUGUGGCCUACCACAAUAAUAUUCACGCUGCAGACGUCGUCCAGUCAACACACGUGCUGUUAUCUACACCUGCUUUGGAGGCUGUGUUUACAGAUUUAGAGAUUCUUGCAGCAAUUUUUGCCAGUGCAAUACAUGAUGUAGAUCAUCCUGGUGUGUCCAAUCAGUUUCUGAUCAAUACAAACUCUGAACUUGCCUUGAUGUACAAUGAUUCCUCUGUCCUGGAGAACCAUCAUUUGGCCGUGGGCUUUAAGUUGCUUCAGGAAGAAAACUGUGACAUUUUCCAGAAUUUGACCAAAAAGCAAAGACAGUCAUUAAGGAAGAUGGUCAUUGAUAUUGUACUUGCAACAGACAUGUCAAAGCACAUGAAUCUACUGGCUGAUUUGAAAACUAUGGUUGAAACUAAGAAAGUGACAAGUUCUGGAGUUCUUCUUCUUGAUAAUUAUUCUGAUAGGAUUCAGGUCCUUCAGAACAUGGUGCAUUGUGCCGACCUGAGCAACCCAACCAAGCCUCUCCAGCUAUACCGCCAGUGGACGGACCGCAUCAUGGAGGAGUUCUUCCGCCAAGGGGACCGAGAGAGGGAGCGGGGCAUGGAGAUAAGCCCCAUGUGUGACAAGCACAAUGCCUCUGUGGAAAAAUCACAGGUGGGCUUCAUAGACUACAUUGUUCAUCCUCUCUGGGAGACGUGGGCAGACCUGGUCCAUCCUGACGCCCAGGACAUUUUGGACACUUUGGAGGACAAUCGUGAGUGGUACCAGAGCACGAUUCCGCAGAGCCCCUCCCCGGCACCGGAUGACCAGGAGGAGGGCCGGCAGGGUCAAACCGAGAAGUUCCAGUUUGAACUGACUUUAGAGGAGGACGGCGAGUCAGACACCGAAAAGGACAGUGGGAGUCAAGUGGAAGAAGACACUAGCUGCAGUGACUCCAAGACGCUCUGCACUCAAGACUCGGAGUCCACCGAAAUCCCCCUGGACGAGCAGGCGGAGGAGGAAGCCGUGGGAGAGGAGGAGAGGCAGCCCGAGGCCUGUGCCAUCGGAGAUCACUCGCCCGACACGUAACAGGGCAGAGACUUCCAUGCCUUUUGUUUGUGUUGUUUGUUUUUUUAUGUAGAAACAUUGUUUCCAAAGUGCAUGUCACAUGCCACAACUACGGUCACACCUCACUGUCAUCUGCCAGGACGUUUGCGGAGCAAAACUGACCUUGACGACUCAGUCUAGCGCUCAGGAAUAUCGUCACCAGUUUUUUUCACCUCCAUGUCAUCAGAACGAGGGGGACAUCUUCACGAACGGCAGUGUCCGAAGAUUGCAGCUCGGUCGAGCUGAAGAAGCAGAGAAAAUCAACUCCAAAGUGUUUUCUAGGGAGUGUGGCUCAUGAGGCAGCCCAAAAGUUGAGAUGAUUUGGGGGGGGGGGUCUUUUCCUUUUGAUUUGUUUGCAAUAUUUUCAGCAGAAAGAAGGCAUUACAUGGACGGAGCGAAGCAACAGAUGGGUCAGGAACAGGACACAUUGUGAAGCUGUUACCAGGAAGAAGAUGAGCCACAGAAAUUGCAUAAUUUUCUAAUUUCAAGUCUUCCUGAUACCUGACUGAAUAGUGUGGUUCAGUGAGCUGCACUGACCUCUACAUUUUGUAUGAUAUGUAAAACAGAUUUUUUGUAGAGCUUACUUUUAUUAUUAAAUGUACUGAGGUAUUAUAUUUAAAAAACUACGUUCAGAACUUCAUCUGCCACUGGUUAUUUUUUUUCUAAGGAGUAACUUGCAAGUUUUCAGUACAAAUCUGUGCUACACUGGAUAAACCUAAUUUACAAAUUUUACUUGCACCUUAGACUUCAUAGCAAUUAACUGAUUUGUAGUGACCCGUUGUUUUAUAUACCAAUGACUUCCAUAUUUUAAAAACAAAAAUUGACUUUACGUUGCAGGAAACCCUUUUUGUAGGUCUUCGUUUACUGGCUUUUCGUU